UAUGGAUGCUCUGAAAGGUAUGGUUUGAGAAAAUUAAAAAACAAUUACACCAUAAAUUAAUUUCCCAGAAUGCAAGAAAUUAAGUGUUCGAUGCUCAAAAUCUAUAUAUUUGGGUUAUACAAAUACAAUUUGGGUUUAAAGAAAAAUAACAAAAGCUCUUUCUCGAGGCAGGGAGCCCAUAUUUUUCUGUUUGAGUAGUGGACACAAUAGAUACAUAUACCAAGUAGAUCUCAUACAAGGGCACAGGUUUCAUUUCAACAGGGACACACACACAUAUAUGGAAUGGAUAGUUUACCAGAAAAUUUAAACACUUAAAGGUCCAGUGUGUAGGAUUUAGGGGAAUAUAUUGGCAGAAAUGAAAUAUGAUAAGUAUGUUUACUCAAGUGUAUAAUCACCUGAAAAUAAGAAUCGUAGUGUUUUCAUUACCUUAGAAUGAGCUGCUUAUAUCUACAUUUAUACAUCUAUGGUUGCACCACCAUGUUUCUACAGUAGCCCACAAUGGACAAACUAAACACUAGCUAUAGAUAGGGUCAAUCACGCCUUCAUGUCAGCCACUGUAGUUAACAGCUCCUCCACUAUAAGAGCAUUUUAAAAACUGAAUUGUUAAAAUCUAUUUUUCAAUGUGAAACUGCUUUAUUCAGUGUUUUUACCGGUUUGAAUAAUCGGGUCUAUUUGUUUUGAAGAGGGAGAGAUGUCUGCAGAUAAUUCGGCUCCCAGUUAAAACUUCCUGAACAUCUGGAUCUUAAGUUAUCAAAGAAAAGGUUUGUUUUGGGGAGGAGGAGACCUCUGCGAAUAAUUCAGCUGACCAUAAAAACAUCCUGAAUGUCUGGAUCCAAAAAAAGGUAAGCACACAAUAAGGUAUCAGGGAGAAAAUGUAGGAACACAUGGCAGGUGUGGAGCGAGUGGCCUGUCUGUGACAGGCCAAAUAGCAUGGAAAACUUAUUCAUAGCAUGAACCCGCUUUAUUUGUUGCUUCACCAAUUUUAAUCAUCUGGUCCAUUUGUUUUAGAGAGGACGACACCUCUGCAGAUAAUUCAGCUCCUGGUCAAAACCUCUUAAACAAAUGACAGGAAAUUACAAUCAGUAGAAGUAUGAGCUGGUUGCAAUCUGCAAUCCUCAACUACAAGCCUCUAAAUUCUCCUGAAUCUAGAGACAAUUUUCUGCAUUCUGGUGGUUUUUUAUGCACCAAUUUAUGCCUUUUCCCAAUCAAAUUACGGUGCAAAUAUCUUUUGUAAAAAAAAAAAAAAAAAAAAGACCCCUGCUACUGUCAUAUUUUUAUUGGGGGAGAAAAAUGCAUAACCUCCUGAGACCCUGUGUCCUUAUAUGAGGACAUCAAGUUACAGGUUUACUUGACCUUAUACUUCAUUAAAGGGAUAACCCUAACCCUAACCCUAACCCGUGGAGCACAAGAGAAGCAGUCAGAGCUACAGGCUACAGUGAGGCUAAAAACAGUUCAUAUGACUUCUCUCAACAACUUUUUUUGUCGUGGCUUCAGGACACUUGGAUCACUAUGGAUGAGCAUGUUGGAGAUAUUUUGUGGUUUCAAUUUUGUGUUCUUGGACGUUAGUCUGGGGCGCCAUCUGCCAUUAGGUGUGCUAGCCGCUCCCCCCGCCAAUCUCCGCAAGGGAUGUGAGCACUCUAAAACUUCACCAGGGCCUCUGUCGGCAGAUGGGUGAGUAGAUAAUGGCUGAAUUUUCAUUUUUGGGUGCACUCAUGGGUGCAGAUCCCGGGGGGGACGGGGGGGACAUGUCCCCCCCAAAUUCUGAAAAACACAAACUGUCCCCCCCAAUUCUAAAUAGCUUAAAUGAUUGAAAUUGAACAAAUGUAUACAGUAGUCCUAUAUACUGGGAGAAAGGGAAGAUGAUGAGGAGAAAUGGGAAUCCGUGAGAGGCGAGAGAUGAGAACGUGAGUGGACAUAACAUGCCUGAGACCCUGAAACUAGAAGUAGCAUUAACUAACAGCGAAGCAGUGAAAAGGAGGGUGAUGGCUGGUUCCAUGUACUACUGGCUGUUUAAGAGAAAUAAACAGUAAAGGUAAGCAUAUGAUUCUCUUUGUAGUGCUUUUUGAAUGACUUGGUGAUGGUGAUGAGCCUCUAUGAAAUCGUGAAAUAUGCUGGCAAUCUCAAGCGCUCUGUGGGCAUGAUUUGCACGCGUGCAAUUAAAAAAAAAUCACAACUGAUUGUGUCCCCCCCAAACUUGUCAUCAGAUCUGCACCCAUGGGUGCACUAUCCCUUUAACUUAGACCUGUAGUCCUUGUUCGUGGACACGUUUUUGUGCCAUCUAGUGGCAGUAAGAGCACAAUACACUAAUUCGUGUAAAAACAAGAUGACAGCCAUCUCUGCAAAGUCAGUCUGCAGCCGAUCUUGGUGCAAAAGAGAACAAGGUUCAAAACCUGAUGGAAUCCAGUGAUUGAAAUGUUUGUUGUUUCAUAUGGCAACACAUUUGACCAAUUUUAGCAACAGUAAAGAGCUGUGACAUUGUUAACUAGGACAUACUUGUAUGAAGACAUUGGGAUUUUAUUAUCGUCUCAUCUGAGGACAUUUGGACUUAAUUACUGUCUCAUUUGAGGACAUUGGGACUUAAUUGUCACGUUUUAAACAUUGUGAUUUUAUUGUCUCAAAUGCGGACUUUGGAACUUUAUUAAUGUCUCGUUUAUGGACUUUGGGACUUUAUUAUUGUCUUGAUUGAGGACAUUUGGACUUAUUGUCAUUAAGAGUCAUUCGUUUUUUACACUUAGCCUAUCAUGUCCGGCUGAUCCCAAAAAGCUAGGAGAAAUUAAAAAUGCAUACCAAACAAAAGUUUUGGUCUCAGGUGGAUAUGUUGAAAUAUGCGGGGCAUGCCUAUGUGAUCCCUGCAGAAUCUACACCCAUGGUGUCAUAUAACCUACUGUAGACACGGUCAGCCAGACACACACACACACACGCUGCCCCACUUCGCUCUGAGCGAUCAGCACAUUUCUUAUCGUCUGAAGGCAGCUAACGACCUGCGGUGAUCGGCUGUCAAUGAUUUAUCAAGGCGGAGAGCUUUUUUUUAUUAGAACAGAGGAGUUUAAGCGGUCAGGAAGGGGAAACUGAGCCAUUAAAGACUCUUAACUCCCGAAACAUGAAGGCUUUAAACAAGGAAGAGCUGCAGAUCGCUGAAGGAGUUCUGCAGAAACACUUACCAAAGAGCAUAAAGGUAUAUGGUUUCCUAUAUGGGAUCAACAGGAACAAACCGAGCACCCUGGAGGUACUUGUUGAUACGUGGCCUGAUUUUAAGGUCGUAAUUUGCCGGCCUGACCCCAAGAACAAGCGCUCCCUAGAGUUCAUGCAGAAGGUGUCAUACUACAGCACGGAUGAACAGAGUUUAAGGAGAAUGCUGUCAGAGGAGGAUGCAAUUGACUGGAGCUCUUAUUUUAUUAUCGGAGGAUUUGACAGCUCCCAUAUCCCCAUGAUCAAACAAGUGUCUGCUGACAGAGGAGUUAACAACCGCAGCUUUACUAUGGUGCAUCUUCUGUAUUUUCCAGACAGCAGCAGUCUGCUCACACCAGCAGUUGACAGUGAGCUUGAAUCAAGGAUUUCAUCUCUUAACCUUUCCCACGUUGACUUGGUGAAUAAAACCUGGAAGUUUGGAGGAGAUGAGAAGGGUCACAAAUUAGUUACAAAACUGAUCAGCAACUUCCCGUCAUGCUGCAUCACUGACGGCCAGGGUCAGCCGCUCUCCUGGAUUCUGGUGUAUGAUUACUGCGCUAUGGGAUUAUUGUACACUCUGCCAGAGCACAGAGGGAAAGGCUACGCCAAAGUCCUGAUCGGCACCAUGGCCAAGAGACUCUUCGCUGAGGGCUACCCAGUGUACUGCUUUAUAGAAGAGGAGAACAAGGCCUCCUAUAAGCUCUUCAAAAACCUGGGCUUCACUGAGGACCCCUCGUACAGGGCAGUGUGGCUGGAGUUCAACUUUUGAUUUUGCAACCAUUGUGAUUUAAUGUAUAGCUGACCCAUAAACAUGUAAUGUUAUAAUGAUAGUACUAUAGGUGAAAGAGACAUUAACUGAUGCAAAAUCAUACACGUAAUGUCACCUUUUUCAUAGUAGGUGCAGGUGAGAUGGCCAGUGUGUUAAUUAAAUGUAUUUGAAAUACGUGAAAUACUUUUGAGCAUUUUGUAAUUUGUAUUUUGCUGGACAGAAAAAAAAUCGUAACACAAUACUAAGAGUUUGUAUUUGAAAUGCUGAAAAUUAGUUAUUUAAUAUGUCAUUUUAUACAAGUAAAAAAGACGGUUUUAUCCCCACAUUUAAACUGUAAAAAACAGUCGAAUCAGUCUUUGGCUAAAUGUGAGUGAAUCACGUGACAUGUAAUGGCAGGUCCAGCAACUUUCUCAUUGUGAAGUAUUGUAUUUCCUUUGUGUUCCUCUGGACUGCAGUGUAAAGGGGCUACACAAAGGAGAACAGUUUUUGUUUCAGGUUGUUGUUGGUAUCAGGAUAAAGGGAGGAACUGAUUCUCUUUCUCUUUUGCUGUUUCGUACUGUGUCAUACUCUGCUGUAAUGGCACUGUUUUGUGUCAUUGCACUCGUUCACUUGGUUGCUUGUCAUGUUGGAGAUCCUAGAAACUGAGGUACUCCGCUGCACGUAGAUGUAUUUCUAUUGGAAAAGGCAUCUACGAAACACCCAGUCUUACUGUCAUCUGAAAGAACCAGUGCUUCACCCUUGCUGCAUUUCUGUUGGCCACCCAGUCAGUCAGUGGUCGCUUUGACUGACAGAAAUCACCCAGCAUGCACCCCUGAACUCACAGCCUUCCAGCUCCGACAUGUCCUGACUGGCCACUUUAUUAUAAUUUAGAUAAUUUAGAGCUCAUCUUUUCCAUGUCAGACCCAUAUCGAAGCAACCAAAUUCCCUAAAUGUGACAACAGCAGUUUGGAUAGAAUAUAUUUCUACAUUUACAAGUACUUGUAUUUAAUUAAAUAUAUUUUAUCAUCCCAGCAUAUUGUAUUUUAUUUUGAUACAUUUGACGAGCAAGAAUUUGUAACCUGCAACAAGACAUCAUUUGGUGUAUGUAUGCCCAUCCUUGGUGUUUACAGGAGAGAUCCAAGUUAAAUUGAGCUGUGCUGAUUUAUGCUUUACUUUCUGUCUGCAGUUAUUCAAUGAUGCACACACAGUAUAUCCUCUAUACACUACACCAUUGAGGCUACCUCAUUUUAUAAACACCAAUGCAAUUAUCAGUCAUCUCGGUCCCUUAAAAUAAAGAUAUUUCAUGCAUACUUUGUUGUAUUUGUGUUUCAAAUAGAGUAUGUUCUCCUUUUCAUUUCACAAUGCUUCAAUUGAUUCAGACUACUACACCUAAGUACAAUCUUGAGGCACUUGCACUAACUUGAAUAUUUCCAUUUUAUGCUUCUAUACUUAUCCAACUACAUUAUAGAGGUCAAUGUACUGUUUAUUCCACUACAUUUAUUUGACAGCUUUAGUUACUUUGCAAUAAUGAAUUAAGGUGUAUUAUUAGGCUAAAGGUUAAACUGAUUAACCAUUACCAUAUAUAGACAUGUUGUAUUUUGCUUCAUUGUAGGCUACCUGAGGUAAACCCUCCUUGAGUUUUCAUUUGUGUAUGAGCAGCUUGCUUUGUAGCUGUUUUCAUGGCAGUUAAUCAGUUACCUGGCUGCGUCCCUUUGCCUCCGUUUUUUCGGUGCACU